AUGGUCUUGAUGUCGCACGCUGUGCAGCGAUCUAUUGAAGAUAUCACAAUGCUUACCGCAUAUCAAUUGCUUGCGUGUGCUUGUUACGGACCAAUUGGAUCUGCUCUGGCACAUAAAUACGGCAAACGGCCACAAUUUAUCUUCGCUACCAUCAUGGGAUUCAUUGGAACCCUUGGCGAAUUAUCCAAGGGUUUAGCUCCGCGGUCUUUGGGAGUUUUACUGUUGCAGUCAUGGGAGAUAUGUGUUUCGUUCACCAGCGAUCUCUCCGGACUGGUCUGUUAG